GUCAAUUUUAUCCAGUCGGGUCAACAUUGAAAAUCUAGAAGGGGUCGUGGUUGAAAGCAAAUGUAGAAAAUCACAAAAACAGCAUCGUUCUUUCUUUUUCUCAGUCCUGAAGAUUCAGAGGAAGUUAGCUGCUGGCCUGCUUUGCGUCGCUCACAUUUCAAGAAGAUUACUUCUGUGGAAUAAUGAAAGGACGUGUAAGGUGGGAUGAAACUAACUUGGGGGACAUCGAGAAAAAUAAGCCGGUAAGGCAAAAGAUCACUGAGCCAAAGACGCCAUAUCACCCUAUGAUUGAAGAUGAUGGUUCUCUGUCUCCAAUACGUAGUGCCUUUGAUGAGUGUAUUGAUGAAGCUGAACAUGCCAAAGCUAUACGCCAUGCUUUGAACGAUGUUGCCAAAGAUGUUGCGUCUUCUAGUGGCAAAAAGUCUCCUCGAUCUGGUGGCUGGACCUCGUCAGAGGAUGAAAGAGAUGUUAUGGAGCAGGAUGAUGAAGAUUCUGAUUUGGAGAGGAGUAUGAGUUUCAAAGAGCUCAGACGCGCCCAUUACGACGAGUUUCUGAAAGUGAAGGAGCUUCGACGCAAGGGUUCUUUCUUGGAGGAAGAAUAUGAUGAGAAUGGAAACCACAUCAAGAAUAUUAAUAAUAAUGACUGUUCAUCAUCAUUAAGUCCUGCAGUAAAAGCCAUUGAUAUACAUCAAGGCAACCCAGAUGAAACUGCAACUCAUCCCCCAUCAACAAAUGGAGUUUAGAAAAAAAGCUGCAAAAAUCAGUCAAGUUGAUGAUGCAGUUUUUGGAGUUUGGUUGAAUGUAAUGGUGUUGUAUAUAGAGAUCACCUGAUUUAGUAGCCUACCACAUUUGUAGGAUUUAUGCUGCUUAAUAGAGGAUGAUUUCCUUAAUGUUGAAGUAAUCUUCAUUUGGUUCUUACUUUGUUUUAACUUUUAAUGGUAAAUGACUGCAUUAUUGGA